GUCCCGGCAGCUCCAGGCCAUCUCUUGCCGCUGGUAUACAGCAAUGCCUGCCUACCCCGACGGCUCCGUGAAGUACGUCAGUCUCGGUGCCGAGCCCCCUCCUCCCCAUGCGCUAAGCUUUUGGCAGACUGCCACUGUUGUGUGCUUCGACGUGGACUGCACCGUCUGCGGGAAGGACUCCAUGGAUACGAUCGCCGAGUUUGUCGGUGCCGACGCUGCGGAAGUGGAGAGAAUCACAAGCCAGGCAAUGAACGAGGUGCUCUCUUUGGAGGAAGCCCUGCAGAAACGCAUGGGCGUCCCGAGCCCGACUUCCGCAGCCAUCGAGAGUUUUCACGAGGCGCACCCGCUGGAUG